AGUGUCAAGCAAAGUUUGAGGUUAUGUUCCCGAGAAACUUCUGCUUUUGACAUUGAAAGUUCGGCUGCUUUACCAUGUUUUCAAGCCGUGUGUUUAACAGAAUUUGUGGCAUUACUUCUAGCCUGACUCAAGUGAAGCGCGCAGCAGGCCACAGUAAAUGGGCUAACAUUCGCCAUACUAAAGCUGCGAAAGAUGGGGAAAAAGCUGCUAUUUCUCUUCGCAAGUUGAGGGAUAUCAAAGUAGCCCUUGCAGCAAGUAAUUGGAACACUGAUGUAGAGAAAAAUCCACUUCUCGCAAGAGCUGUUAAUUCAGCUAUUAUGGCUAAUGUGCCCAAAGAAACUGUAGAAAAUUUUUUGAAGAAAGCAAAAAGCACAAAAGAACAUGUGAUUGAGUAUCGUCUGAGAGGUCCAAGUGAUAGCAUAUUUAUUUUUACAUACAUCUGUUCACCCAUGACGGAAGGUGAACUACGAAACGCUGUGAAAAAACUCAUAUAUAAGUCAUCUGUUUUUUCUGCUACUCAAGGUUUCCAACAAGCAUUUGAAAAGAAAGGUGUGAUUUUGGCCAAACCUGUGGGAAAAGAGGCAACUAUGGAUGAUGCAGAGGAGGCUGCUAUACUAUCAGGAGCUGAGGAAGUAAGACCAGAAGAUGGUGAAAAAAAUGUUUACCGGUACCUCACAGAUGCACAAGAAUUUUAUCAGGUCACUAAAGCGUUGAGAGAAGAAGGCUGGGAGGUAACAGAAGCCGCUAUUGAAGAUAUGCCAACCUACCUAGUUAAUGUUUCUGAGGAAGAUAAGGAGGAACUCACAAAAGAAAUUGAAAAAUUCCAAGACAUACCAGAAUUUAUGAAAAUGACAGACAAUGUGGCAUAGCAUUUUGGAUUCACUUUUACAAAAUCACAUUUGUAUCUUUGUAAUGUAAGUAAAUAAACUGUCUUGUUCCAAACUGUUCAAA